GUUUGAGAGCCGAGCAGUAGGUAGGUAGGCUCUCGCGCUCCUGGUUAGCUCUAGCGCUCGCGCAGUGAGAAGGCUGGCAGGGUGGAUAUUUAUCUGUAAAUAACAAACAAAACAAAAAGCAGGAUUUACAAGGAGUUUUUUUCUGUGUAUCUUUCUUUAACUUAUAUUUACUGACAUUUCGGCUGAAUUAAUAAAGCUCCAUGUCCCGGAAGUGAGCUCGAAGAGGACGGCUUUCACUGACUGGUUCAGCCGGAGCGGACUCUAGGCGUGCAGCAGGGCUGAAAGAUGUGCGAUGGGAUGGCCACACGUUCACACGCUCUGGUGAUUGUGGUACUGCAGCUGCUCCUCUUCCUCACCGCGCUCCCCGCAGGCCAGGCCUCAGGUGACACCGAGAGCCGAUCAGUAAUCACUAGGGUCACGUCACGUCCAUAGACUGGAUAAAAUCAAGAUCAGUGAUUUCUCAGCAGCGUUAUUUAACACGAUCAGUUGAUGGCAGAAUGGAAGGAGGCGGUUCUUCUGCAGAACGUUGCUCCAGGCCCUCAGCAGUGCUGCAUGGCCGAGGAAACCUCACGGAGACCAACCGCGGCUCCUUCCCUGUGGGCACAGUGCUGCAGUACAGCUGCGAUUCGGGAUACACGCUGAGCGGCGAGAGCGUCAUAACGUGCACCGCACCGGGACGCUGGUCCUCCGUCACACCACGCUGCCUCAAAAACGGUGUGUGCCGUCCCCCCAGUGAGCCGGAGAAUGGGGGCUACAUGUGCCACCCCUCACCCUGCCCCAUGCUGACUGAAGGCACAGUGAUAGAGUAUUUCUGUGAUGAAGGUUACACUCUGAAAGGAUACAGGUACCACACAUGCAGGAACGGAGACUGGGACUCAGCAGCACCCAUCAUCUGUCACCUGGGACAAGGGAAGGACGAGCGCUCUCCUCUGGGUAUGCCAGCUCUGUCCAUCGUGGCCUCUACUGCCAGCUCUGUGGCCCUCAUCCUCCUGCUCGUCGUCCUCUUCGUCCUGCUGCAACCCAAACUCAAAUCCUUCCAUCACAGCAGACGUGAUCAGGGUGUAUGUGGCCAGGCUGCCUCCAUCGUCGUAGAGGGAGUCCAAGUCUCUCUGCCUUCCUACGAGGAGGCGGUUUACGGCAGCGGCGGAGCGGCAGCUCCUCCCCCGGCGUCCCGCGUAAACAUUGUGCUCUCUGAGGGGCCGCAACCGGAGCCUCCCGCUUCAGAGCUCAGCCAGUCCCGACCCGGGCACAGCCUCCCCUCCACCUCCGCACGCUCCUGUCACUCCGAGACCGUGCUCGUUCACCAGGACCCCUCAUCCUCUUCUCCGUCCUCCUCUUCCUCCUCCACCACCUGGGUGUCGGAGCAGCACGGGGCGGCGGCGGCGGCAGCACGUAGGCCGAGCAGCACGAGUAGUGACCAGCACAGCCUGCUCUCACUCACGUCUGUAGAGGAAUACGGAGACGAUAUUCCUCUGCUGAAGGAGGCCUGAGAGAGAGAGAGAGAGAGAGAGUACCCGCAGCGUCCUCCUGUCUGUGGAUGAUGACCAGGACUGUGGCUCCUUCAGCUUUGUACCAAACCCUUCCCCCAUUGCUGCCGUACAGAAAGCAGGAGUAACCAAAUUCCCCUUCAGCCCUCGACGCACACUCAGAGCUGCACCGUGUAAUCGCUCCUCCUCGCCUCACUGUAAAACCCCGCCCUCACGCUCCACACGCUCACACCACCUCCCUCAAACGAAGAACAUGCUAUAAAAUAUACAGGAUGAUGUAUAACGCGCACCUACGGGCUCGAUCUCAUGUUUAUAAACGGCACCUCCCCCCCAGCGGUGUACUAACAAGCAGUUGCACUCAUAAAGCCUUCAUCGUCUCAUAGCUGUUGCGAAUUACGAAUGCAUUCAAUCAGUUUGUAUGUAAACGGCGAACCUUGGGUCGAUCAGUGACUGUGACCUCUCGCCAUCGAGGUUUACUCAAAUCAGGUUUUUUUUUUUUUUUAAAUGCUGCAUGAUCUGUGCAUCUCAAUCCUUCAUUAACUAGUGCACACACACACACACACACACACACGAGAACACGCAUGCUGCACAGGACGGACGGACGGACGAGCGAGACAAGGACGGACUAGUUUACAUAGUACUGUAUUCAAAGACAUGCUUGCCUUUCUGUUCGCUGCAAACUGUGUGUGUGUGUGUGUUUUGAUUUACACACUUGACUGAAUGAAUGAAGAGGGCUCAAUUGUGUCAAUUUUUUUAUGUUAACUCGGCGUAAGAUUGUUAUUUUUAUUUUACCUCCCAUUUUUCAAUCGAGAGAUUAUCUUAUCACGUUAUAGAACAUAUCUCCGGUUUGAUUUUAAAUGUCUUUGUCGCGUUUGUCCAGCUGUGUGUACGAGUUGUACGAAAUCAAAAACAAGACUACGCCGGCGUAUUUUUGAACCGUAAAUCAUGACCGUAGCGUACCCCGAAAUGAAAACGCAGAGCUUGCCUUCCAUAAAAGAAAACAUUUUAACAUAAAUAUGUACACGUGUGUGUGUGUGUGUGUGUGUGUGUUUUUAAAAAGUGCUUCAAUCGGACCAUGUAUUUCUCGAUGAUGCAAAGCAACUUGAUGCUACUCUUUUCCGAAUCUCGCCACCCGCUGCACUACGCACCAAAAAAAAAAAAAAAGAGCUAUUAGGCAUGAGAAUUAUCUUGAAGUGUUGCGUAGUUAAGUGAAAAUGAAACUAGCUACGUUAUUUAAUGUCUUUAUAUUAUAUAGACACGAGUGUUUUACUGGGAAGUACGCCACUCGUAUUUUUCAUACGAGCUCCAUCCAGGACAUCAAUCUCUAUCUGUGACUCGUGAUGAAAUCGAUGAUAAAUUUGGAGACUUUUUGUGAUUGAAUGUGUCGAUUAUAAUACAAGGAAAAUCGCACGCCGGCUUGAAGAUAUGAAGUUUAUCGUCUCGUGUUGAAAAACCUCGCAUCUUUCGGACAAAAUGCAUCGCGGAUUUGAGGGACGCAGUUAACAGUUAUUCCCCGUAAUCCAGUCGUACAUGAGCUGAUAGUUGUCUGUAAGCCGUGUACGACCAGAUUGAGUGGAGUAACUGUUUUAUUCUAUCCGCAUUCACUGGAUUUUCAGAAGCAGAACAUACAAAACGUCCGACAAAAUAAUUUUCGCUUAGCAAACCAGCGAAAUGACCGGAGCAAUUUGUGAAAAGUGCAAUAAUAAUAAUAAUUCUUGAAAAAUUUUAAAAAAAGAUACGUUCUUAUCAUCAAAUACUUUAAUUCCAUAUUUUGUCGCACUUGUUUUUUGUUUUCGUGUAGUUUUUAUUUCAUCAUCAGUUGGUUCAGCAAAAUGCUCCACCAUUUUCUUUUCUUCUUUUUUUGGCGGUUGGGAAACCAACUUAAAGGUGCGUUACCGCCACCAAUUGGGCUGGAGUGUAGAACAGGCAAUCUUGGGGAGGAUUUCUGUUUCUUUUAAAAACUUGUGAAGUUUUUUAUAUAUAUAUAUAUAUAUAUAUAUAUCUGACUUGAUUUUUGUUUUUCUCUACUCACGGUAUAUGAGCUGAUAUCCUAGUAACAGAGUAGCAAAUCAGAGCACGCGAUUUCUCAUAUCCAGUGAAUGUGGAUAGAAUAAUUCCCAAUAUUUCACGUCGAUGAUGUCACUCCUAAUGGCGAACCGGUUCAAAAUUCAAACUCUUAACGUCCGUUUUUUGUUUUUUUUGUUUUUUGGUGGAUGUGUCCAUAUAAUAUAAAGAACAUUACACACUGGUGCGAAGAUAUGAAGUUUAUCGUCUCAUGUUGAAAACUAUAUAAUACAUUCACCACUCGAAGAUGAGCUUCAUAUCUUCGCACCACUGUGUAAUAUCCUCUUUUUACGUGCAAUGUUGGAAGACUACGCCGUAAAUGUUAGCCCGAGACAUGAUCAGGAGAUAAUGGAAGACUAAAGCUAUAUAAAAUUGCUUAUUUUCCACCACCUGUAUUAACGCACAUAAUUAUAUUUAUCGUCACACGCUUGAUUUAAAUUACACCUGAUUUUAUGCGCUGGCGUUGCGAAUCCAAGCAAAUCCCACUAAAAGUAAGCCACACACACACACACACACACACACCUCCCCAACCAGCUAAAAGCAGUUCUCAGUCAUGUAUGUGCAUUCUUGCAUGCAUGUUUAAUUGCACAGUAACAAAUUACUGAUCGUUGGACAAGUUGAUGAUAACGAACAAAUCCGUCGUGACCUGUCCAAAUCUUUUGGGGUCGGGUUUGUGUGCUCAGACAUCCUUUGGAGGGUUUUUUUUUUUUUUCCUUUUCUGCAAAACUGCUCACAGAAGACAAAACAGAGCUUUCGCCUUAAUAGACUUGCACAUUUUCGUUAUUUUUGUAAUCAUGUUUCUUCCAUCAUGGUGUCGAUUCAUCUUCAGUUUUCCUUUCUGUUUAAUUUCCUAUGCAUUAACAGUCUUACGGCUUUUUCAGACGGUGUUGGGUUCUGUUUUUCCUUUCCCAAAGCUUUUUUUUUUUCCCCAUCAGUGAUUUUGAUAUCUGAAGUUCGCUGCAGGUCUAAAGUUGUACUUUCUGUUCUUUAAAAAAAAAAAAACACAGAAAUCCUUGACACCAUUGUAUAGUGUUCUCCAUCUCAUCUUAACCAUUUUAAAUUGUUUUUUUUUCCUCUGUACAUUGCAGUGGGUGUGAAGAUAGUAUUUUAAUAUUUGUAUAAAGUUUAAUUUAAUUCUACAAUUUGUGUGUGUAUAUAUAACUAUUUCUAAUUAAAGCUUUCUUUUAAAGUG